AUGCAGGCAAUACGGUCCAGUCUCCGUGCAACGCGGUCGUCGCUCUCCAAGUUGAGUGCUGCUGGGUACCGUCGAUCUGGAACCUCUGCAUACUCGCGGCUAUUUUCGACGUAUGGACCCAGAAAAGGCGCUCAAGAUUCGUCGCAAAAAGAAAAUGAACAUAGCAGAAAUGCUGAAUCGGACGAGUCGUCCAUCUUCUCCAAGAUGGCCGAAGCGGCAGCCACCACAUUCGCGUCCAUCUUCGUCUUGGGAGUAGGGUUCGCAGGAGCGGGGUAUCUCUACCAUAAAUCCUACAAAAUGCUCGUUCUCAAGAAGAUGACACGAGCUUUCGAACCUGGAGAUCCUGUAUUAGAGCUAGCCGCUGUGGGCAAAGACGUUCCUCAUAGCCACCCGCCCGGCGAGGAAUAUUGGGUGCGUCGCCCAGAACAAGAACAUGUCGACCGCAUCAUCAGUGGUGAAGAGGUCGGCCAUUACUACUUGAUCUUGGGUGAAAAGGGAACGGGAAAGAGCAGCAUGCUCAUCGAAGCAAUGCGCAAGAUUGAUGGCGACGGUGUCGCCAUGUUCGAGGCCCAUGCAGACCCGGAGAUUGUGAGAAUACGACUGGGAAAAGCGCUCGACUAUGAAUUUCACGAGGACUACAUCGGCGGAUAUUUUAGUGAGAAAGGGCCGCGUGACAUGGGGGCUCUACUGGAUAUUGAGCGUGCACUGAAUAAGUUGGAGAAAGUGGCUGUGAAGCUUUUCCGUAAAAGGAGGAGGCCUCUGGUCGUCAUCGUCAAUCAGAUGCACCUUUUACGAAAUGACGAUGUUGGUCGAAAUCUAAUCGAGCUUCUGCAGCAACGCGCUGAACAGUGGGCAGCCGCAGGGUUGGUGACCAUGGUGUUCAACUCGGAUGAUUACUGGGUCUACGAGCGGCUGAAGCAACUGUCCACCAGAAUGGAGGUACUACCUGUGACAGAUUUGCCGAAGAAGCAAGCCAUCCAAGCCUUGCAAAGAUAUCGCAUGCGCUAUUUCGGAGAACGAAUGAGUCAAAAACAGCUUGACGAUGUAUAUGAUCGUGUUGGAGGACGCCUCAGUUUUCUGAACCGUGUGGCAAAGAGUCAUGAUAUGUUGGCCACGUGCGAAAGGAUCACGGACAUAGAGAAGAAAUGGUUUCUCAAUCAAUGCUGGAUUAUGGGGACUGAAAUGGAUGACGACGUCAUGGACCAGCAGAAAUGGGCGGCUGCUGCCAUGGUUUUAGCACAUGCCCUUGUCGAGAAGGAAGAUAGCAUGGCCAGUACAUAUGACCCUGUUGUCGGCCACAUCCUACCGACAUAUCCUUUCCAUAUCGCUCAAGAGAUCAUGACGCGAUGCGACUUCAUCAGAGACUUGGACAGCCUGAAUUUGUUUACGAUUACGAAUCAGGCAGACGUACGAGCUAGCAGCGUGCCGAUGCAUCGGGCAUUCAGGGAGAUUUGUCAGCAACCAGGCUUCAAGGAGCAUCUGGAUAAUACUAUUGAGAGAAUUGCCGCCAUUGAGAGCUUGGGUCGAACCAGAGAACUCGUGGCUAAAGACUUGGUUCUCGGCGGGCAAUACGACAUUCAGCACGAGCGCACCAAGUCUACGGUGAGGCUGAAGAUGCCUGAGGAAGAGAAUAAGGACAGUUAA